AUUUUCGUGCGGCUAGUUCCAGUACUGCGUUACGUUUUUAAACAUGUAGAGUCUUCGUUAAAUCCCUAUUUCCUCAUAAGCACAUCUGUCAUAAUAGUUUAAAGAGUAGAUCAUCUGAUUUCUUCUGGUUAUGUGUGAUCCAGAAAAUCCAAGUGAUAAUUCCAUUGUAAAUACUGGACGUCUAAAUAACACUCCGGUUGGUAAUAUUACUUUGAAUUCUAUUAUGGAGUCGAUCAUUCGGCAACGACAGCUUUGUGCUGAAAACAUUCUAAAAAAGAGUUAUGAUGUUGCUUUCACUAACUCCCAUAAUGAUUUCUGGUUCGAUUUGUUUACUCAAGCAUUUCUUUCACCGGCUUUGGAGAAUUCAGUCGACGGACCAGGAGAUGAUCUUCUGUUUUUUGUCCAUCUUAAACAAAAUGAUAGAAAACCAGAAUUGAGUGUAUUUCGUAGAAACAGUUCAAAUCUUCCAAAAUUGACAGAUGAUUAUGUCGAUUGGGAGGAAACAGUGUAUCUCAACUUACUCAUGCAAUAUUUUGUUUAUGUUGUGACAGUUGCUGUAUGCACUCGUACUGGACCUCAAGAGUGGCAAAUUUUAAAGAAAUUUUCUCAAACUGUUUAUGCAUCUCCUAGCCAUAGACAAAUGAAUAUGAAAGGAAGUUAUGAAGAAAUAGUUUACCCAGAUCUUUAUUUUACGAUUGAUAAUUAUGAAGAGGCAUUUGGCGAAUGUGUUCUGCGAGAUAGCGAAUGCAUUAAUGUUGAAUUGACCGCUUAUGAUCGUUAUGGACGUGUACAUGGUGUUUGCUUUCUUGGCACUGUUUCCUAUGAUACCAUUAAACAAUUUUAUGACCGUUCAUCCGAGGCAUGUAAAUCAACCAAUCUUGGCCAUUACGAUUUUUUACCAGGGACCCAUUUAGAUAGAACCAUUCCUAACAACCAAGAGUCUGAGCAUCUUCAAAACAUCCACAUGGAUGCUAUACCAACAUUGCACCCAUCACCUUGGUCUGUUAAAUCUGCUGGAGCAAGUCUACACACAAGUCCUGUUCGACGAUUCAAGGAUAGUGUAGGGAGUAAAUAUGCGAGUCCGCGGACCAGUCAGCAAGAAUUCUCACCUAUAUUCACCCGUAAAUGUAAAUUUAGAUCUGUAAAUACAAUAAAUUUGUAUCAGGAAUCGAAACCAUCAAAGGUCUCAGAAAUUCUUAAUGCAUUUACAGGUGUGAUGACGAAACAGUCUUUAGGUAAUGCUCAUCGAACAAAAGAUACUUCUAUAAAUUCUACGAAUAAACCAAGUCAUAAAAACUCUACUAAUAUUAUAAUGUCACUUCCAACUAUGUAUGACGAUCAUCACUAUAACAAUGACCGGUUUGGACAUUUUGAUUUAUACAAAGGUCAUUUAUAUGAAAAUCCCCUCAUAAUAUCUGAUUGGAACGAUAGUUCGUUUGGACAAGCAUGGUCUUGGUUCAAGGAAAGAAGACGAGUUACUUCAGUUAGCCUAAUUGCUAGUCCAACAUUUAUCACACUCCCUUGUCAAAAUAUCCUUGUUGAACUGCUUGAAGUCAGAAGAGAACCUAUCCUCAACUUUACCAAUCAGUAAGUUCCAUAAAGUUGUCAGUUUAUGUGAAAAGCUACUUGUUCGCCGAAGGGUUCCGUUGUAAUAUUAUCCAUCGGUUAGAAAAUUUCGCAAGUUCAAAUCCAGUACAAACGUUAGAGCCAUUUAAUUUCGCCUAAUUCCAAACUUUAUGCCUAUUAUUUUAUUAAAACCAUUUCUAAUUUAGACAGUUUUGUUGUUUUAAAACGUUACUUGUCUUUCUAAUGUUGAAUCACGUUUUUUAUGCAUGUUUAUUACAAUUUAAUAUGAUUU